AUUACGACACCUUGAUCGUAUUCUUUAGAAGUUCUGGCCUGGGAUUAAGGUAGGAAGGCGAUAUUAAGACGAUUUCAUCCAAUUGCCUCCCUACGAUUCCAUGAUUUUUGCCUUUAUUUGUUCUGCUGUUGAAGACGGUCGAUCCUGAUCAUAAACCCAAAUAUUUACCAUCGAUUAAUGCCACAAUGAAUACAUAAACCAAGCUCUGAGUAAAUUAUGAAGUACGAUCAAACAAAACGUAAAACAAAAGGCAUCGGAAAAGUUAAACUUCUUGAAGAGCGAAAGAAUUACAAAAACAAAAGAAAAGGAGAUGGUCAACAGGUGCCUGAGACUGAGGAUGGUAACCAAGGAAGUGACGUUGAAUGCUUCGAUGACGACGAGGAGGCAAAGGAGACAUCUCAACAAAAAGAGGGGUACCUGCAUGACAACGUGGCUACUUUAGCUUUGCAAAAUGUAAAUUUUCCUCGCGGAAUUCUGUGCAGUGGAUGUUCCAAAAUCGGCGUUUAUGACAAAGAUUUAAAUGAUGUACAACGCAAUGCUGAGCAACUGAAGGACAGAGAAAGUGAUAGUCGGGAAAAAUGUUCUAUUUGUCAAACUCUGGGGACAAAGGUCAAUCACCAAGACAACAUCCGAUCGUCUGUACUUUACUCUCACGAGUUUUAUGACAAGUUUUCUCGAGACAAACGUCCUGCAUGUUUGACCGAUUCUGGUGAAUCUAUGACAAGGGAAAAUUCGACAUUAAAAAUUGAAAGUGCAAGACUGCAAAUAGGAGAUAGAAAAAAUGACCGUCUGCAAAGGGAAAAAUCAAUAGAUCAUACAGAGCAAUGUAGAUCUAGUAGAAAAAUGUCCGUAAAUAGUGUUAAGGCCUCAGGACAGCAACAGCAAAAGAUGGAACAAGGUGGACAGGAAACCACCAAACUGUCGUCUGCAAAUCCAGGAGGGAACGCAUCAAGUAGUGUAAAAGAUUAUAGUGUUCUUAAAGUGAAACAAACUUCAAAGGAAAACAAAACUGUUGAUAGAUCUCAAAAAUUUGAAGAGUGCAAUAAAAAGACAACGAAAAACGAACAAAUACCUGAAAAUGUACCAAGUAACGGUAACAUGCUUCCAGAUCUUGUAAAUAAAAUUACAUUGGUAGAUUCAGAGAAAUGUGAAUACAGUGAAAAAAGUGCCGUUCACACGAAAAGGAAAUGUCCAGAGGAAAGAUCGGUUAAAUGUGAAUCGCCAGUUCCAACAUUCCAACAACCAAAGAAGAUACCGAAAACUUCCGACAGUCGGCGAUCUUUUAUUUUGGCAGCCACAAGAAGACAUGCGGAGGGAUUUUCUAGUUUAUACAUGAAACGCGCAAUGAAAGGAAGUACUGUUCGCAAAGAUGCCUGGAAAAAUAAUGGGGACAUUGAACAUCAUCAUCAUCACGAAGAGAAGUACACUGUUGAAAGCCUCGGUCUGACUUUUGGAAUUCCGGAAUUCAACCUUCGCUUGGCGGGACGAACCGUGAAGAAAACUUCCGGAUCACCAAGAAGACCGGAAAGCCACAGAUCAAGUGCGAGUUCGACUUCCCAAACUUUCUUACCACCUAUUGGAGAAACACAGAGACAUUCUUUUUCUCUUAAAGGAUUUGGAUAAAUCCAGGCAAUCUACUUUAGUCAUGUUCGUUGUCAGAAUAA